AACAAUAAUUCUCNAACAAUUAAUUUACUGCCUCGAUUAUAUAACCUGUCCUUUCGGUACACUGUUUAUACUCUUCCUUCCUCAAGAAUUCAACAGUAAGUUCACGGCCUCGGUUAUAUAACAUGUCCUUGGUGCACUGUUUUUUUCUCUGUAUUCUUCCUUUCGCAAUAUUUCAACAAUAAAUUCACAGCACAAACAGGCGAAAACGAACAACUCCCUCAGCCAUAUUUCUCCGACAGAAACCCCAAAACAUCUGAUAACUGAAGCACCGUCGAAGAUGCCUCCAGAAACCGCCGAAAGCACGUUUAGUGCCUCCUCCGUCACAUCCCCGACCCCGCCGAAAAAGAAACGCCGGCCAACAAAGAUGUCAGCGAACAGUGAAAUUGGUACUUCAGAAGAAAAGCAACCAGAAGCUCAAUGGCCUCCGGAAAAUGAGCAUCACUUUGUAGAUCUUAUCUUGGACGAAGUUCUGAUGGGUAAAUGUAUCGGCGGUGAGCUGACCGCCGAUCAGUGGUUGGAAAUUCAAACGAAGAUGACCGAAAGAUGUCCCAAUUACCCAGCUUAUGAUAUCGCGCAAUUAAUUAGUAAGCUGCAAAGUUUGAAAGCCCAGUGGAAUAGGUUUCACACAAUGGUUCUUGCUUACCCACCAAAACUAAAAGAUAGGUUUGUUCGGGAUGAGAAAACGGGUAUGAUCAUGGAAAGAGUUUUUAAAAAAACCAGGUUUAGUUGGGAUGCUAAAACGGGUAUGAUCACUGGCAGCGAUGAAGUUUGGCGCCGUUGGCUUCGGCGCCACGCAAAGGAUAAAGACAUGAAAACAAAUGUUUGUAUGCACUACGAAGAAUUGACCACGAUUUUCCAUGGGGCACUUGCCACGGGCGAAAAUGCAAUUUCUUCGAACCAAGCACGUGAUAUCCAGCCUUUGCCCAAUCGCCGCCAGAAAAGGAAGGAUUAUUCUACUUCCAACACGGGCAUGCAUUCUCGAACUGAAAUGAAUAAUCGAGCAGUAAAACAACAAUGUCCAAAACUAACGGACGUGAUUGAAUGUCAAAUACUAAGUGACCGACAAAAAGCCUUGAGUCAGCUUGAACAAAUGGAAUAUGUGACGGAGAAUAUUAUUUAUGUAGGCUAUCACAAGUUACAUGACCCUGUGUGCUGUGAAAUGUUUUUGGGGAUUGAAAGUGAAGAACAAAGGAUGCUACUACUUGAAAGGUGGGUGGAGGAAUGCACGCCUACGGAUUGAACUGUCUAUCUAUUUGGCUAAUCUUCAUUGCUGAAUUUUUUUUUGUCUGGGAACAAAAACACUACUAUCUCUCGUUGUUUCAAUUUGAACUGUGUGUGUGAACAAUGAUUUUGUCAUGCCUUUUGCUGAUAAUAUUGGUAGGACUUUGGAUUUGGUUGUAGCCCUUAAUUUAUUAGAAUGUAUGCCAAUUUAAAAAAAAAAAAAAUAUUAUGAAGUGUGUUGUUCGUGUUUAAAAUUUGUGGUUAAAUUGCAAUUUAAAUGAAAAUAAGUUUUAUUGUACUCAUGA